AUGACAAACACAAACAUGCCAGUUUUGUUGCUUGAAGGAUCAUCAUCGAAGCAGCUGCCUGUUAGCAUUCAUCAGUGUCAAGGUCAGCUAAACAUGUCAAACUUUGUGCAGAAUUUUGGAGAAGAUGAACAUCACACAACUGUCAUCUCACAGUCGUCUAACGAGAGUCCAAAUCCACUUGAAUCAGAUCCUGAUGCGGAGGUGGUAGCCCUGUCGCCGAGGACUCUAAUGGCAACCAACAGGUACAUAUGUGAAGUCUGUCAUAAAGGAUUUCAACGAGACCAGAACCUUCAGCUGCAUAGGAGGGGACAUAACUUGCCUUGGAAGUUAAAGCAAAGAACAAAUACUGAGGUGGUGAAGAAAAGGGUUUAUGUAUGUCCUGAGCCGAAUUGUGUUCAUCAUAAUCCGAGCCGGGCUCUAGGCGACUUGACUGGCAUUAAGAAGCAUUUCUGCAGGAAGCAUGGAGAGAAGAAAUGGAAGUGUGAUAAGUGCUCUAAACGAUAUGCUGUUCAAUCAGACUGGAAGGCACACGCGAAGAUCUGUGGCACCCGCGAGUAUCAUUGCGAUUGUGGCACGAUUUUUUCAAGGAAGGACAGCUUCGUCACGCAUAGAGCUUUCUGUGAUGCAUUGACAGAGGAAACUUACAAGGUGAACCGUAACCAUGCUACCACCGGAGGAAUUUUGCCACAAGAUAUGAUGCCUAGUUCUGAUUCAUACUCCAAUGCCAACACGAAGACGAACCUGUCGAUUUCGAAUGAGAACAUGAACAUGUUCAGCAACAAUUUAAAUCAAAAGUUCAACGCAGGAACAUCCCUGGCUUCUACUAUUGCAAUAGGGUCCGCAUAUACAUCCGCGACUGCCUUGUUACAGAAAGCUGCAGAAAUGGGUGCUAAGAUCAGUGAUACUGCAAUCGCCCCGAUACUACUCCGAGGUUUUACCGGAUAUUCUACUGGUCACAUCACCUCAACCAUGUCGGUCCAAGACGGUUCUUCCAUGGUUGGUAGUAACAUAGAAACAAAUGGCGCCAGCACCAAUGUGCUGAUAUCUCGCAAUACUCUUGCUCCGACUGCCUUGUUCCAUACCCAUAUUCUACAUGCAGAGAAUGGGAAAUGUUCGAAUCUGUUCGGAGAAAUGUACAUGGAAGGCGGCGGGAAAACGACUGUUGAUUUCUUAGGUGUGGAGCCAACAGGGGAUCAGAAUGUGGAUACCGAAAGAAGCUAUGAAGGAAACAUAAUGAACUUGGGGUGCUCCAACGAGCAGCAGCUAAGCCUGAACAAUUUGCAUGCAAACUGGUAA